UCGCUCAGGCAUUACAUAAAGAGAACGAACUGAAGCAUUACAUUCAUGCUUCACGCUCUCUGCCCUGCUUCCGUUCCUCCCUGUCGUACAGCUGUUGGAGACACGGUGUUUCAGCUCUACUCUCUCUUUGUUGCACUCAUAUGCCAUCCAGACUUGCCCGCGGCUCUACACACCUAUUAAAUGCUCUCCCGAUCCUCAGAAUUGGAUUACCACACUGAAUGAGGAUAUAUUAUCGGGAAUUAUUUUUAUUCCCUUAAACGAUUUAACAUGACAGCUCAACUGCAAAGUACUCCUCGUCAUCUGGCUUUUAUUUCCUUAGCUCUUGGAUUUUUAGUAAUAUGGACUGCAGUUCUUGCUGGAGUUUUAGUAUCCCGUACUUUAAAAGAUGAAGCCAGUGCAAAGGAAACAACCAAGGUUUUUUACACUCAUGAAGAUGUUGGGAAAGUACUGUUUGCUCUUGGACAUGAAUUAGUAUCAACUGUUGAUUGGAUGCUGUCUACCUCUGACAAGACUAAAGUGGAUAACAUUGUUGUAACUUGGAAAAUCACUAAUAGCAUGAUGAGUAAGAUCAAAGAAGAAGCAAGUGAUCGGUGGGUGACAAGUGUAAUUUCAAUGCUAGAUACUCUACAAGAAAGACUAACUGUAUUCAGAGAAACUGUUUCAGAUGUCAAAUCAAACCCACUAUCAACAGUCAAAUUUUAUCUUGACUUGAGUGAUUGGGUUUUACAACGAUGCUUUUUGUUAGAUUAUGCAGGGCAGCAUUUACCUGUUCCAAGCUUACCAUAUACAUUAUUUGUAAGAGGUAUGGCUCAGCGAUUUGGUGAAUUAGCCCUUGGUACUAUAUACGUCAAAUCUGACAUGCCAAUCAAUAAGUCUGAGUUUUUCAAACUAAGGACUGGCAGUGAGGAAUUAAUGGAAGCUUCUUUUCAUUUUACCCCCAGAGCUCGUACUAAAUGGAUGGAACUUCAAGAACAAGAACCUGGAGUUCAAAAAGUUAUGGAGGCUGUUGUCGAAGAUAUAUUAUCUGGUAGCUCUUUACGUGGACAAAAGGAGCUGGCUAACAAUUAUUUAGAUGGUGUAAAAGAGCAAAUAGCAAUGUUGUUGUUGACAAAAGAAGUAUUAAAUGCAUCUUUAUCAUCAUGGGUUGAGCGCCUUUCUCAGAGAUCUCAUAAUACUCUUGCUUUCCAUAUGUCAAUUGCUAUAGUUGCCGUUGUGGCAGUCAUUCUAUGCUUGAUAGUCACUAGUUGUUCAUGCAGUUACUUUAGUAAAGGUCAACCAGAUGUUGAAAAACACAAUAGUCAGAUGCCUUACAGUGUACUGGAGAAACCAGUUUUAUCAUCCAACAUGAAACCUCAAUGUUAUAUGUAAAUAUGUGUAUAUGCUUGUAAAUAUGUCAGUUGCGUGUAGCAUAGUAUUUAUUAUCUUCCAUUUGUACAAAUUUGUAUGUAGAUCUCAGAAUA